AUGGCGGCCGCCGCGCUGAGGGAGCAGCUCAACGCCCUCCUCUCCUCCAUGUUCGCCUCGGGUCUGGUGGACGACCAGUUCCAGCAGCUGCAGAUGCUGCAGGAAGACGGGGGAACGCCGGGCUUCGUCGCCGAGGUCGUCACCCUCUUCUGCGACGACGCCGACAGGAUCAUCUCCGAGCUCGCCGCCCUGCUGGAGCAGCCCAUCGUGGACUUCGAUAAGGUGGACGCCUACGUGCAUCAGCUCAAAGGGAGCAGCGCCAGUGUUGGAGCUCAGAAAGUGAAGUUUACUUGCAUGCAGUUCCGUCAGUUAUGUCAGGAUAAGAACAGAGACGGGUGCAUCAUGGCAUUGGCUGUUGUGAGAAAUGAGUUCUAUGAUCUGCGCAAUAAAUUUCAGACUAUGCUUCAGCUUGAGCAGCAAAUCCAGGCUCAACAAUAA